GGGGAGAACACAGCCAACGCGGCGAAAAAUAUGUCGUAUUUUCCAACUUAACUAGCAUAUUUAUUUGUAGGAAGUACCUUCAAAAUGUCAAGACAUCGUAAUGUGCGGACUAUGAACUAUGAUGAUGAAUAUUAUGAUGAAGAUGAAGUCUAUGGACAUUCUUAUGAUGAUAGCUACUGUGUUUCACCAGCAACAGCUGCCCAGUUCACAUUCAACAGAGAGAGAGAUGUUAACUUGUCGUCGUAUAUGGAGGAGGGAAUUCCCGAGGAGGAAGAUGAAAGUGAAAGUGACCUUGAGCCACUUAGUGAUUCUGGGAGAGACAAGAUUAAACUUGAUGACAUUGAACAAGCUAAACUGAACUCUUGUUUGGAGGAGAUAGGAAAUGUCCUAGGGGAUACCAUUCCAGAGCACAUUGUUUCCCAGGCUGUUGUAAAGCAUAAAUACAACAUUCAGGCUGCCUUGAAUGAACUUUUAAAUCAGAGUGAGGCACCAAAACCACAAAGACAACCAAGGCCAGACAGACGAUCCAACAGACAAGAUGAUGAUGAUGAUUUUGAUAGCUUUUUAGAAUCUUUGGAAACUGAUGGUGAAUGCAGCAAUAUAUUUACAAGUCAAAGUGCAAUGUCUCCAAAAAUUCUAAAAUUUGGUUCAUCACCCAAAGUUGAUUACAUUCCAACAAAUAAACAAAAAUUAAUGCAGGGACAAAUAUCAAACAUUUCUGAAAGAAGCUUUUGUAAAUCAGACAGUAGUUUGUCUCAUUUAGCAGAAAAAUGUCAGGGAACUUUAGAAAAACAAAAAUGUUCAAAAGUUGAAGAGGACAAUUUUGAAACUAAUUCAGAGGUAAAAAAGCAAGGUCUCUCACUUGCUCAGCUUGCAGCUGAACAUAAAAAGCCUUCGCUAUCACAGCUUGCAGCAGCUAAGAAAGAAGUUUCUUUAGCUCAGUUGGCAUCAGAACAAAAGGAAUUGUCUCUAACUCAACUUGCAGAACAAAAGAAUGCAUUGACUGGUAUAGCCUUGAAACAGCAAGGUCCAUCACUAACACAGCUUGCUGCAGCACACAAGGGAAAUAUGUAUCCAGAGGCGAAAAAGCCCUCACUAGCACAGCUAGCUGCAAAACAAAAGGAAUCAUCAACCUCAUCAAAAGUAGUGGGACUGUCUGUUGCUGAGACCGAGACAAAAAAGCCAGUGAUGUCUUUAAGUCAACUUGCCUCAAAAGAGAAGGGGAUAUCCUUAGCCCAGCUUGCUUCUAAUGGAAAGGAAACUUCUUUAAACCACCUUAGAAAAACACCAGAAGAUUCCUCUUUAGUUACAACUGCAGAUAAACCAAAAAUAUCUCUAGCUCAACUUGCUAAAGCACAAAAACAGGAAUCUCUCACUGCUCUUUCAGUAGCAACAGUUGAAGACCAGUUGUCCACAGACCAAAAGGGGACAUCUUUAGCAGAUCUGGCUACAAAGCAGAAAGGUCUAUCUGGGGUUAGAGCAAAACAGGGAGAAAAAGCAAUGUCUCUAGCACAGCUUGCAUCAAAAAGCAAAGCCUCUUCACAUAGUACUGGGGUUUCUCUAAGUCAGCUUGCUAAACAACAAGAACAGAUUGGAUGUUCAGCUUUGACUGUUAGUUUAAGUGAACUUGCAAAGCAAAAGAAAGUGAAGACUAAAGGCAGCAGUGAUUCAGGAUCAAAGAAAAUGGCAGGAAUGUCUAGUAGUACUCAGCCAAUAAGUAUUCCCUCCGAAAAUAUUUCACUCAAAAUGUUGGCAAAGGAAAAGUCGUUGCUGGAUCCUUCAAAAUCAUCAAAGGAAAAUAGCCAGGAAAUGCAAACAGAGGAAACUGAUUUGAAUACUAAGAAAUCAGCAGAAGAUGUAAUCAUUGAAAAGCUGUCUUUAGAUUUUGACACCUUACUUACCUUAACCAAAAAGCCGUCAUUUGUUGGAAAAGUUAUUUGUGGAAACUUUGCUGUACUGAAAAAGAAGUUAAAGAGUAAUGAUUAUUAUACUAAUCAGCCAUUUUCAUUUGUGAACCAAAAACAACACACAGGUCGCCAUUCACCAGAACAACAAAAGAAGUUUCCUACUUUUGAUUUCUCUACACCAUCACCAGAUGAUAUCAUAAAAGAAAAGCAGAAGAAAGCUUUUACUCGUUCAGGGCAAAGAGUGGAUUCCAAGUGACAAAAUAGCAUUCCCUUAAUACUCCCAAUCUAUUGUCAUAAUGAACUGUUUGAACUAGAAAGCAUUAAAUGUGUUUCAGUAUGCAUAAUUAACAUAAGCAGCAUAAUGUCUGCAAUAAAAUUGAAGAAGUUUUUACAACUCUAAACCCUAAAAUAUACUUGUAAAUAACAGUUAGUAAAUAACAGUUAGUGAACAAAGAAGGUU